CACACUCCAACAUAAUCUUAGGACAUCUGCAUACCGUCCCUUCCUCCUCCGCACACAUUACGCCACAAACACCACCAUGCCUCCACCAAAGUCCAAGAAGAUGACCGCGCAGCCGGUGCGCGCCCGUCUAUUCGCUAAGAAACCAACAGCCCCCGAAGCCGAAGAUGUCUCUAGCUCGUCAGAAGCAGAGGAAGAGGAGGGAAAGGACAAGCCCUUCACCAAGCCGAAACCGGCACCUCUUGCGACAUCAUUUCCUAAAUCCGCGCUCAAAACAACCCUCGCCGCACGACAGAAAGCAGCAGCGGAGCGAAAACGGUUGGAGGCCGAGUUUGAGACGGAGAGUGAGCAUGAGUCGGGGGAAUCUGGCAGCGGAAGUGGUAGUGGAAGUGGUAGCGGGAGUGGGAGCGAGGAGGAGUCCGAAGAGGAGGAGGAGGAGAGCAGUGAAGAGGAAGCUGCUCCACGGCAGCUGCUGCGUCCCGUGUUUCUCAAGAAGAAUGAGCGGAAUAAGGGCGCCCCUCCAGAGAAGUCGGCAGAUGAAAUCGCAGCGGAAGACAAGAGACGGCGACAGCAACAGGCCAAGGCGCUGGUGCAGGAACAGAUUGAGAAGGCGGCGGCGGAGAAGGCGGCACGGAAGCAGGACUGGGACGAGGAGGAUGAUGUCUUGGACAUUGAUGAGAUUGACGACAGAGAUGGGAUAGAUCCGGAGGCUGAAUACGCAGCGUGGAAGCUCCGCGAGCUAAAACGGAUAAAACGGGAGCGCGAGCAAAUCGAAACAUACGAAGCUGAGCGCGCCGAGAUCGAACGGCGAAAGAAUCUCACUGACGCUGAACGCGAGGCUGAAGAUCGAGAAUAUAUUGAGAAGCAGAAAGAAGACCGGGAAGACCGAGGUGAAAUGCAGUACAUGCAGAAAUACUUCCACAAAGGUGCCUUCUUCCAAGACGACCUCAAAGAUCUUGGCGUCGAUCGAAGAAAUAUCAUGGGUGCCCGAUUUGAAGACGCCACUAAUAGAGAGGUAUUACCCGAGUACAUGCAGAUCAGGGACAUGACCAAACUGGGUAAGAAGGGGCGGACGAGAUAUAAAGACAUGAAGAGCGAGGACACUGGGCGUUGGGGCGACUUUGCAGAUACGCGGAGACGGGGAGAUGACUUUGGUCUGGAUGACCGGUUCCGCUCCGAUUCAUAUCGAUCUGGGGGAAGAGAUGGAGGAAAAGAUGGUGCUACUGGCGCGAAUGCCCGACCUCUUGGCGAAAAGAAGAGGUAUGGAGAGGAGUCGAGUAGAGAAGGCAAGCGACCAAGGGUCGACGAUAGGGAUUGAAUGAAUAUCCCGGGACUAGAAAUUUGCGUAGCAUGGAGUAUCGGUAGCAUUUGCAUUGAGCUAGCUGUUCAGGCAGUAGAGUAUCGACUUCUCGUACAAACUACGCAGAGAAAUUGAAGAGAAGACUCGAAAGAGCUACAUAUCACCAGGAGGAUUUGGAAAGAGAUCUGGACGAAGAUGUUGAGGAAAUAUGAAGAUCCCCUCUCUAGCCAAAUGUGGUCUCUCAAAACCUUUUACCACGUUACUUGGAGAGAUCAUGCAGCAUCUUGACAUAACCGAGAGAACUGUACGAGAACAGGGCCUAAACUUUGAAUCCUUCUCGUACAAUAGCCACCUCUUCAUUCUUCGGAACGAGUAGCGUGCCAUGUGCAUUGAUACACAUCAUGGUUAGCGA